AUGUCCCAAGGCAAUAACCGAUCUUCAAAUUUGACGAAAAGAGAAAAAAAAUCAGAACCAACCAUCCCAACUGAUCUCAUCAUCGAGAUAUUCUCGAGAUUACCUGGGAAGUCAGUUGCUAGGUUUCGCUGCUUGUCGAAGCUAUGGAGUUCCACGCUUCGCCGUCCAUAUUUCACCGAGUUGUUUCUGACUAGGUCAUCGGCUCGUCCACGCCUCUUAUUCGUCCUCAAAGAAGACCUCUAUAACUGGACCGUCUUCUCGUCGCCUCAGCCUCAUAAACCAUAUGGGAAGUCGUCUCUUAUAGUAACCGCCGAUUUCCAUAUGAAGAUCCGUGGAAAAGUGGAUGAAGACAAUUGUAGCUAUACCUCUGGUUUGAUCUAUUUUCCUGAUAUAUGGAUUAAAGGGAUAGAUGCAUGGGAUACACAGCCUGUGGUAUGUAACCCUAUCACGGGACGGUAUGCGAUCUUACCUGUACUGAUUAAGGAUCAGGACAUACAAUCGAAUAGCGCCUUAGGGUUUGAUCCGAUCCACAAGCAAUUCAAGGGUAGAUUAGGUGGGAUUAGUUGGGGGUGUGAUGAUAGCUCUGAAGAAAACCUUGAGUUGCGUAUCUGUGUUCUAGAGGAUGUCGAGACUCAGAAAUGGUCUGAAAUUGUCUACAGUUUUGGAGAGAAUGCACUGGUUGGUUCUUGGGAUGAUUACGUCGUUAGAGUGACUGCUGCUGGUGAAAUUGUUUUGUCACCGAAGGAUACAACUAAACAGUUUUAUGUUUUCUUCUUUAGUCCCGAAAGGAACACUCUCCAAAAAGUUGAAAUCCGAGGUUUAACGGAUAAUUGUAGUGUUCACGUUUUUGUAGACCAUGUAGAGGAUAUUGAUGUUGACGAUGCAAACCAGCUCAAGUCAAGGCCAGUGAAGAAAGGCCUAGAGAUCACCAGGAAGAGGCCAGAACCACCAAAAUAA